GGUCUGUACAGGAUUCUUUGUGGAUAGCUUAUUGCACACCAUCCAAAGAAAACAAAACAACCACAAUGGUUCACUGGACAGAGGCUGAACGCAAAGCCAUUUUAAAUACAUGGGCUAAAGUGAAUGUGGAUGAAAUUGGCGCCCAAACUUUAGUCAGGCUUUUGAUUGUGUACCCUUGGACCCAAAGGUAUUUUAGUAGCUUCGGUAACCUCUCCAAUGCCGCAGCCAUUGCUGGAAACGCCAAAGUCCACCAUCACGGCAAGGUUGUGCUCACCGCUGUCGGUGACGCUAUUAAGCACAUGGACAACGUGAAAGCAACUUUUGUAGAGCUGAGCAAGUUACACUCCGAGAAACUUCACGUGGACCCUGAUAACUUCAAGCAUCUUGGUGAUUGCCUGUCCAUUGUUCUGGCUGCCACUUUCGGACAAGCCUACACCCCAGAUGUCCAGGCUGCAUGGCAGAAGAUGAUUGCUGUCAUCGUUUACGCCCUGAGCAGUCAGUACCACUAAACAACUGACGUCACUGUGGUCCAGCAUCCACCGUGUAGCCACGGGAAAACCAUCAGGAGAUAUCGUGUGCAAAAUCUAAUGACGUUUCUCAUUGGUGUAAACUAACAGCUUUGAAUGACAGAAAUAAAACAUUUUAACUCAA